GUCCAAAGGCGCAUCACCAGUUGCCGAGAAUGUGUGCACUCAGUACUGCUGCAAUGGACAAGAGCUUGCAGCAACUCACUUAAACGAAAACAGCUCAGAGUCAGAGCUGCGUCUCCGCUUCAUGUUUCAUAGUCCGAAAAUAUUUUACUGUAUAAUGUUCACAUAUCUACUCGCUUGAGCGACCUUCCUUUGCUUAAGCUGUGGACACAACUUCAUUUCGGGCCUUGCGAGCUUGCGGGCCGUGCUACCUGGGCGGGUUUGUUUCCAGCUCGUUAAGAAAACUGGACGACGAUGAUGAUUUCUUCAGCGCGGUCGAUGUCGACUCGCUCGUGGCGCGGCACCAGGCGGUCGCGCCGCCCGCCGGGCCGCUAGCUACAGCAGCACGUGGAGCCGGCCCACCGAGUGGACCCUCAGGCUAUGGCGGCGGUGGCAAUGGUGCGCAGAAGCCACAGCCCGCGCAGGCGCACCUGAGGCCGCCACCGCUGCCGCAACAGCCGCACGCCCAACCGGCGGGAACCCUGCCGCUGCAGGCCCACAACGGCAAUGUCGCGCCGUACCCGGCGCCUCCGGGCGCCACGUGGCCGGGUAAGGCCGCGCAUCCACACCAAGGCACGCACACGGUAGUGCUACCGCGGCCACAUGAGUCGCACCAACACCAGCAGCUCGGGCCGCCCUACCAAGCCCACCAGCAACACCCCGACCAAAGUCACCAGCCGCAGCAACAACCGCAGCAAGGGGCACAGCAGCAAUGGCAUCAGAACCCGCAACAUGUGCACCCACACCCACAGCAUCCACAGCACCUACACCAGCAAGGCAGCUGGCAAGGAGCAGGGCCGGGGCCGGCAGGGCCGGGGGUGUGGCCGCACGGCCAACCCCACAGCCACGGAGGUCCGCAGGGGCCGCCUCUGCCACCCCAGCAGUACCCGCCGCCACAGAUGUACCAGCAACACCAGCACCCGCUGCAGCAGCAGCAGCAGCAGCAGCCGCCACUGCAGCAUCCUACGCACCCGCCGCACCCACAGAGCCACCAGCCGCAACAGCCGCAACACCACCACCAGCAGUACCCGGCUCCACAGCAGCAGCCGCAGUGGCCCAUGCCAGCUGGGCCCAUGCCGCAACAGGCUGGGGCUGGUCAGCCUCAGGGGCCGCUAGCCUGUCCGCCCGGGGCCACAAGCCACCCCCACCAGCAGCAGCCACAGCCACUGGCACAACCUCCGCAACAGCAGCACCCGCACCCACUCCAAGGCCAGCAGCCGCACCCGCCUGCGGGGCCGCCGCAGCCGCCGCAGCCGCAGCACCGGCCCCCGGCUCAACAAGGCGCAGGCAUGGGUGCGGGCGCGGGCUCGGUUGCAGGCGGGAACCCGUUUGCGCAGUACGCACAUCCGCAGUACCACCAGGGUCCUCACGCGGGGCCAAGCGGCCCACCCCAGCAGGCGGGCGGGCCAGCGGCCGCGGAGGCAGUGCCGGGGCCCGCCCACCCGGCGGGUCCACCGCUGCCCAACGGCGGCCCAGCGCACCCGCACCCGCACCCGCUCGCAGGCCAACGGCAACAGCAGCAACAACAACAGCACCACCAGCAGCAGCAGCAGCAGCAGCAGCAGCCCGGAGCAGGGCCGUUACCGCCCCCGCUGCCGCACCAGCAACAACAGCAACAACAGCAGCAACCCGGGCCGGGGCCAGGGCCAGGGCCGGGGCUGGGACCAGGGCCAGGGCCGGGGCCUCAGGCGGCGCCCGGCGCGCGGCCGGCUCGUGUGUCGUACAGCGCCUUCCUGCGGCUGGAGGACAGGGGCCGCUUCGCGCUCAAGGUGGGGUACCACAAGCAGCUGGAGGCGGUGUUCGCCACCAUGCAUGGCGAGUGGGACAAGGCAGAGCAGCAGUGGGUCUUUCCCGUCAGCAUGUAUAAGCACGUCAUGGCCUCGCUCGCGGACGGCCGCCUGCGGCACCGCGGCGUCGACAUCACCCUCAACCAGGAGCUGGGCCCUCCCGCGUUUGUGCUGCGCAUGCUGGAGGAGGCCGCCGGCCGUGUGAGUGACGAGCGGCUGUACGACAAGCUGCUGCGCUUCCCCGAGGAGGGGCCCAACAGCCUGGACAGCCGCAUGAUGCCCUUCCAGCGGGACGGAGUCAGGCACGGGCUGCGGCACGGCGGCCGAGUGCUCAUUGGCGAUGAGAUGGGGCUGGGCAAGACCGUGCAGGCCUGCUGCCUGAUCAAGGCCUACUACGGCGAGGACGUGCCCGUGCUGGUGGUGACGCCCAAGUCGCUGAGGGAGACGUGGGCGGACGCGCUGUACAUGUGGCUCAAGCUCACGGACAAGGAGGUGUGCGUCAUCAGCGGCAAGGAAGACAUACCGCUGGUGGAGGGCUACAAGAUGGAUCGGUCCGCUGUGCGUGUGUUCGUGGUGUCGUACGACACGGUCAGCCGCACGCCCGAGCCCUUCGAGGCGCUCAAGCCACGCAUGGUGGUGCUGGACGAGGCGCACUACAUCAAGAGCAUGUCCGCCCAGCGCACCAAGAUGGUGAUGCCCAUCGUGCAGUCCGCCAAGCGCGCCGUGCUGCUGACCGGCACGCCCGCAGCCAACAAGCCCAUGGAGAUCAUGGCACUGCUGGUCGCGCUGGUGCCCAAGGCCAAGAUCCACCAGAAGGACUUCGGGGCGCGAUACGCCCGCCAGGACAAGUUCAACAAGUUCAUUGGCUCGCGCAACGAGGCGGAGCUGAACCGGCUGCUUCUGGGCACCGGCGUCAUGAUCCGCCGCCUCAAGAGCGAGGUGCUCAAACACCUGCCGCCCAAGCGCCGACAACAGAUCUUCAUCCGGCUGCCUGACAAGCAGGCCCGCGCGGUGGCUGCCUCCAGCGCCCGACUGGCGGGGCUGAAGCAGGUGGUGACUGCCAUGAUGAACAGCGGAGGAGGAGGAGGAGGAGCUGGAGGAGGCGCGGGCGCUGCCGGCGCGCUGGCGGGCGCCCAGCGCGAGCAGCAGAACGAGAUCAUGCAGCUGUGGCGCCAGAACGCCAAGCUCAAGGGCGCGGCGGUGGCGGAGUACUGCGAGGACCUGCUGGAGGGGGAGGACCCGCCCAAGUUCCUGCUGUUCGCCCACCACAAGGAGCUGUUGAACACAGUGGAGGAGAAGGUCAAGAAGCUCCGCUUCAAGUACAUCCGCAUCGACGGCGACACGCCCGGCGAGGACCGCAACAGGCUGACUCAGAAGUUCCAGGAGGAGGAGGACGUCAAGGUUGCGCUGCUGAGCAUCAAGGCGGCGGGCGUGGGCCUCACCUUCACCCGCUCCAGCCUGGUGGUGUUCAGCGAGCUGUCCUGGAUCCCCGGCGACAUCCAGCAGGCGGAGGACCGCUGCCACCGCAUCGGCCAGGCCGCCACCUCCGUCAACAUCCACUACCUGCUCGUGCGCGGCUCGGUGGAUGAGAUCAUGUGGGACUGCCUGCAGUCCAAGCUAGGCAGUGUGGGCAAGGCUCUGGACGGCAGUGGCGCCUACAUCAAGGUGGACGCCACACGCGAGCUGUGCGGCCUGGGGCUGCAGGGCGCCGGUCCCGGCGGCGCCAGCGGCGAAGGCCACCACCACCACCACCACCAUCAGCAGCAGCAGCAGCAGCAGCAGCUGGACGGCUUCCUCGGAGCCGCCGGCCACCCGGCCCCUCAGCACCAUCAGGACGACGAGGACGACUUCGUGCAGCAGCCCUUCGCCGCGGCGCGGGCAGCCAGCGGCGGCGCCUCAGGGCCGGCGCCGGGGCCGGCGGCGGCUGCCGGCGGCGCCAAAGGCGGCGGGGGCCGGGGCGGCGGCGCGGCUGGCGGACUGGCACGGAGCGGGUCGGGCUCGUCGUCGCGUCGGGCGUCGGCGGGGGCGGGGGCGCCGGGCACGCCGGGGGCGGUGGGCAGGACGCGGCCCAUUGAGAGCUUCUUUGCACGGCAGCCCUCGCCCGCGCCGUCCAUGCUGCCAGGCGGUGCAGACGGCGGUGCUGGCGGCGGUGCUGGUGGCGGCGGAGGGCUCGGCGCGGCCGGGGUGCAGCGGGGCGGUGUAGCCGGCGGCGUCAUGGCGGUGCCAGUGCUGCCGGCGGUGGCUGUGCCACAGCCGGCUGCGGGCGUGGGUCAGAAGCGGGGCCGGGAGGAGGCGGUGUGUGUCAGUGGUGACGAGAGAGAUGGUGGCGUGCGGCUGGGGGUGGGGGGCGGCGGCGCAGCGGGGCCUGCGGCCAAACGGAGGUUGUAGUUGAUGAGCUUUAGCGGUUGCGCAUGCCUGUGAAGAGGCUGGUGAGGAGAGUUGUUGGUGUGUAGGCGGUUCACUGGAAUGAACGAGAGGGCGCUGCGGAGGGCUUGGGGGAGGAAGUACGGCGUGCAGGGAUGAGCUGCAGGAAUGGCCUCGGAUGUGGGAGGUAGCUGCCUGGUGAUCGAUGAUCGGUAUGACGGUACGUCGGUUGCGUGGCGGCAGCACGCAUGGUAGCGAAGGCCCUCUGGUACGGUGCGCACGGUCCGCACUACGGCGCAGUGGAGAGCCUAGCGACACGGCGGUGGUAAGACAGAAACACACGCGCUGAAAUUUCGUGACACCGCUGGCACCUAGCAGCUAUGCGAAAGGUGUGUCUUUGCAUGUUUGCCGGCAUGUACAAGUCGACC